GAAUCUAUUCAAAGGCCAUACUUUCUUAAAGAUUGAAGUUGCCUUCGCGGCAAAAUUCAAAUUCAAAAAGUAUCUUUCAAUUUUAAGCAUUUAUCAGAUAGAUCAUGUUCAAAAAUUCUUUGUGGAGUUUUAAAUCCAUAAUUAGGAGAAACAGAAAGUUGCAACCCACGAAAUUAAUAGUAAAAUCCCAGAUUAAACAGUUUUACUCCACUACUACCAAAAACGAUUCCAUUCAAGCCACCCCAUCCUCUCUCCAGCCACCCAACAAGGUCAUAAUUGUUGGCGCCGGAUUAUCUGGCCUAUCCGCAGCUGACCACCUGAUCAAAAACGGAGUCAAAGAAAUCCUCGUCCUUGAAGCAGCCAACCGAUAUGGAGGACGAAUCCAUACAGUGAAACUUGAUGGAGCUGUAUGUGAGCUCGGGGCUAAAUGGAUCAAUGCCAACGAUAAUCCCGGCAGUCUAUUCUCCCUAGCACAGCAAGGAGGCCUGAUCGACCGCAGGUCCUUCGAUAGUAGCCGAGAAAACUUUUUUAUCAUCAAUAGAGAAACUAUGGACGAGGAGAUCGUCCAAUUGGCUAGCGUCUUGUUUCGGGAUAUGAUUAAAGGCGCUGAAAAAUACUUACAUCAGGAAGUUCCCAUCGAUGAAAGGACAGCGGAUAUGUAUUUCAAGAAGCUAAUGAAAAAAACCCUUGCGAAAAUGCCUCCAUCGGAAGUCGAAACAACAAAAAGUGUCUUCAACACAUUGAUGCGCAACCUGAGCUGCCAGCUAGGAAGUGAUCUGGGGUACAUUCAUGUCAAGCACUUGGCAAAUAUAGCAAAGUAUCUAAACAAUCCUGUCUGCAUCUCUGCGGGACUAGACUCGGUUUUCAAACAGCUCGUUAAAAAUAUUCCCGUCGAUAGGUUACUACUUGGAAAGCCAAUAAGCAAAAUCAAAUGGGCGGACUUGGCGCCGAACGAGAAACCUUGGGUGACCUGCUUAGAUGGUGGGAAAUACCAUGCCGACCAUGUGAUCUGUACGAUCCCUCUAGGAGCGCUAAACGUUUUCUCGCAAUACUUUUUCACCCCCAAUCUACCUGAAGUAAAAACCGAAGCCAUCAAAAAGUUGGGGCGAGGAUCUCCUGGUAAAAUAUAUCUACUCUACAAGGAACCAGUCACAUCAUGGUUCAUCGGAAGCGUUAUGCUGGGAGCACAUCAAGAAGGCAUCCAUAGUCGCGAUAACUGGACAUCUGGAAUUAGCGAAGUGGCCACACUUGCAGACAGCCGCAAGGUACUUGAAGUCAAAAUUGGAGGCUCUCAUAAUGAAACUGCCGAACGAAUCACCGAGGAAAUCAUGGAUCGUGAAAUAACAGAUACUCUUCGAAAAGUUAUGAAAAACAAUAAAAUCCCUCAUCCAAAGGAGAUCGUUCGGUCAUUCUGGUCAACAGAUGCCAGGACUCUCUGCGGUCUUCCCUAUAUUUCGGUUGAAACCACAGAGACCUGUGUAAAAGAUUUAGCUGCACCUUUGGGGCCAAACGAGACUCAUGGAUCCCCUACACUCCUUUUCGCUGGGGAUGCUACUAAAUUUGAAGGUUUUGGAACUGUUGAAGCAGCGAGAUCCAGUGGAAUCAGGGAAGCACAACGCGUUUUAGAUAUGAUGAAGUAAUUUAUUUGGCCUGGGACAUUGUUCCCUUCAAGCCCCCCCCCCCCCCCCCCCCCCCAAGAAAAUAAUGUCAAGUUUCUAAUUAUCUGUAGCAUAUCCUUAUUCAAAUCAUGAGUAAAUCCUCUGAAAAGUUAAUUUUCAUGCAUUGAAAUAGAUUGGAAUGGUUUAAAAUGUUUUGGGUGAAAUUUUCCCGAAACAGCAUUUCAGACUGACUCCAGAAGUUGGUAGCAUAUCUAAAGAUAAAUGAACAUUUAAAAACAAACGCUCCGUUAUCUAAUACCAUUCGAUAUUAAGUGUAAAAUCUUUGUCAAUAAUAGAAUAACCAACCAAAAAUAAAAUGCAAGUUUUA